GCCUUGUGGUGAGGAGAGGAAUAAUGAGACUGAUCAAUGAACGCAGCUCAGCGCUGACAGUUGUUCUUAUCAGACUUACUCAUCUCAUUCAGCCGCCAUUUCCUUCAGUGCCUGGCGCUCUGGCUUGCUCACGAGUUGACUCAAUCCUCACAAACCUAUGUUCAAGUCUACAAGCAUGCUGACAUCAGUCUCUGCCUCUCGAAGGACGAUGUACACCUCGUCCUGAAGGAAUGAACACGGUGUUACUUACCCACAAGACUCAGCGCUCCACAUCUGCUCCACGCCCUGGACCGACUUCCCCAACAAUAACGGUUUGUUUAUAUGGAAAACAGUUUUCACGACCGAGAAACUCGCAAGAGGUGUAAAUCCUGAUGUCAGUGAAAAAGCUUAAAGAGUGUGACAGACUGAGCCUAGCGCUGUCCGACAUGAAGCUUCCCACAAGACUGGUUCUGUUGGCGCUGACCGUGAUGUUGGUGCUUGUCAUGCUGCUGGUGCUGUCGUCUAUCGGCGCCGUCGACAAGGCCAGGUUCAUCAGCCUCAUGACGUCAGGACGGCCGCCUCCCCACAUCGUCUUUAUCGUUGCCGAUGAUUUAGGUUGGAAUGAUGUAGGCUGGCACAACCCGCUGAUCAAAACUCCCAACCUUGAUCGGCUGGCGGCUGAGGGUGUCACACUGAAUGCAUCAUACAUGUUCCCCAUCUGUUCCCCGUCUCGGGCCAGCUUUAUGACAGGGUACUACGCCUUCAGAACGGGUCUGCAGCACAUCCCCAUCAUCCACUUCAAGACGAUGUACCUGCCCAGUCGAUUCACGCUGCUGCCAGAGCUUCUCAAGCGACAGGGCUACGCCACCCAUGUCGUGGGCAAGUGGCAUCUAGGAUUCUGCAACUGGCGCUAUACACCGAGGCGGCGAGGGUUCGAUUCAUUUCUAGGUUACCUGGGAGGACAGGAGGGCCACUACAACCACUCCAACGGCAAAGUGGAGGAGGGUUACGACCUUCGUUUCAACGAAGACAUUCUCCCCGACCCCAACCAGGAAUAUGGGGAGAUGCUGUUCGCCAGAAGAGCUGUUGAGAUUAUCGACAAUCACAACCCCAAGAAGCCUCUCUUCUUAUAUUUGCCCCUUCAAGCGGUGCACUCCCCUAUAGAGGCUCCGCAGCGGUUUCUGGAUUUGUACCCAGACACCGUUCCAGAUUACAGACAAGUCUACAGCGGCAUGGUCUCCGUCAUCGACGAGUUCGUGGGGAACGUCACGUCAGCCCUCGAAAGACGAGGCUUCAUGGAUAACCUGCUCCUGAUUUUCACCAGUGAUAACGGCGCCACCCCCGAGUACGCUGGCAACAACUGGCCCCUACGGGGCGGCAAGUUCUCCCUGUGGGAGGGUGGCACUCGAGUCCCCGGAUUUGUCUACAGCCGCACGCUUCUCAAGAAGACAGGCUAUACCAGCAACGAGCUGAUUCACGCUGUGGAUUGGUUUCCGACCAUCCUGCACCUCGCUGGAAAGUCAGCAGGCGACCACGUUGACGGCCUCAACCUGUGGAGGACUCUGAGUGAGGGGGAGCCUAGUCCCCGCACAGAGUUUGUCUACAACAUCGACGAGGUGGAUCAGAACGCCGCCAUCAGGAUGGGCGACUACAAGCUGAUUGUCGGGGAGCCUGGCCGCUUCAAUGACUGGUACCCGCUCCCGCAGAAUGGAACGCCUCUACCCGAAGAAUAUCCGUUGUGGAAACUGGGUAGAUUCCAGAAGCUCUUCCCUGAGUACCAGCUGUAUAACGUCAAAGAUGACCCGACGGAGAAGAAUGACCUCGCCGAGGAGCAUCCCGAGCUCGUGCAGACGAUGCUACAGCGACUGAAGCGAUACCAGCGACUUGUUGUCCCCUCCCAGAAUCCGGGGGUCAGCGCCGCGUCCCUGCCGCACAACUUUGGCGGCGUGUGGAGCCCCGGGUGGUGCUGAACCACUCACAGCAGACACGUGCAGCACGGCAUGACUAGCAACAACUGCUUGUGGUUGACAUCCAGCACCACUUCUUUCUGGUCUACAUCAACAGGAUUUCUCGUGCUUCGGGGACAGUUUGCAUAACCCUCGUGUCAAAUAUUUUUUUUAAAUUUCUGAAUAGCAGCGGAAGAAAAUUGGGCAACACCAAGAAACUGUCCUGAUGAAUUUUGGCUUAGUUCCGGGAUCGCCAUGUUCACGAAGACAGGAAGAGGUUGGACAAGAAAAGGAAAAGUUUACCUAAGGCUUUGGAUGAGACAUGUCUGUGAACGAGAAAAAAAGUGGAUAGCGGAAAAAAUAACUUAAAUCAAGCCUCCGCAAAAAAACCCACCCACUCCCUCCAAAAAAAAUCAUGUACGCUCAACAUUGAUGCUGCUGUACAGAUGUUACGCAAAAGUGUAGACCCUGAUGAUAGAUAUGUAUAUGUGUGUGUGUGUCCUUGUGCGCGCACGUGUGUAUGUUUGUCCAAGUGCUCUUGUACCAGAGAACAUGUCAGAAAAAACAUAGGAAAGAAUUCAGCCGUGAAAAGUAGGUGAAUAUUUUACUCGUGUAACUUAUUUUAAAAUGAUGAUGAUGAUGAUAACCUACUUUGUGUCUGUAGUAUGAGCUCCAGCAAGCAUCACCAUGACCGUUGAACCCAGCUUCACUGUGUGUUCACCUUUUUACGAACCUCUGAUGUUUGUACUACCUGUACUGAACGUAUGGGAGGUGGUUGUUAAAUUAAAGAAUGUUUGGUCUGAUAAAACAAA